GACAGUGCUGUUGACACGCGCGCAGCGCCGCAGACUGAUAAGCCUCCGUGGAAUAGAGAGAGGGGAAGAAAUAAAAAAACACCAGUUCAUUUUUACUCCAGUCGAGACCAGUACGAAGAAAAGGACUACACGUGAAUCCUGAAACGUCAUGCAGCACGAUCAGCGGACUGGACAUUAAGAACCAGACUCGGAAAACUCAUUAAUUUGCAAGUUUGCUUUUUGAAAGUAGGAGGAAAUCUAGUAAACAGAUAGUUGGAUGACUUUUCGCGCGUGCGUUUCGCGGCACCGACGUGUGCUUCUUUAAUUUGUUGAUUCCUAAUGAAUUUAGCUUUGCAUUUAGUUUUAAUUAAUAAGCGGACUCAGGACUAAAACGAUACCGGUGCAGCUUUAUUGCAGACACUGUGGAGAAGAACCUGCGUGUUUUGUUCCUGCGUGGAGUUUUGGAGCGCGCGCCGCUGAUUUCCACGCGCGCGCGCCGGUGUGUUUGAUCAGCGCCUGAGCGCUCGCGCGUCGCUGUCCCGCGCUCCGAGUGCUGAGAGGAGCAGAGCAGAGCAGAGCGAGCGGGCCGCGCGCGCCUCUCAAUGCGGCGGAGCGAUGAACACUGGGCUCUGCUGGCUGCGCGCGCUGCUGCUCCUCGCGCUGUGUCUGUGCUUCGGCGGCGCAGAGAGGGAUCCUCUCCCCGUAGCUCUGGCUGAGCUGAUGAAGAGCGGCUCUGUCUCCUCCACAGAAGAUCUGCAGCUGCUGCUGCUCUCUGACUCCGUAGAUGACGAUUCAGAGAGCGAACAUGCCAACAAUACCAACAACCGGCUGCCAAGGAGCCUUCUGGAUGCUCAGCCAGCACAGCAAGCCCAGUGUAAGGUGAGGACAGAGGUCAUGGAGGUCACCCGCUCUAUGCUGGACCGUAACAAUGCAAACUUUCUGUUAUGGCCACCAUGUGUGGAGGUGCAGAGAUGCUCCGGUUGCUGCAACACAAAAAACCUAAAGUGUGUAGCUGUACUCACCCACACACGCUAUCUACAGGUGAUGAAGAUACAGUAUAUGAACAUGCGUCCAGUUUACAACAAAGCCGUAGUCUCAGUUAAUGAUCAUGUGGAGUGCCGUUGUCAGCCUGCUCCUCGUCCAGCCUCCCGCAGAAAGUCUCCUGCUCGCAAACAAGAAGCAAGAGAUCGCUCAGGUAAACCUCGCUAUAAAGAUGAGCUUCACCGGAGAGAUGAGCUUAAACCUAACCAGAGGCUUAAACUAGAGGAUCUGCUAAGCCACAGCUGGCUGCCCCUAGAAAAUGGACAGGAUGCCUGGAGCCAUAAUAAGACACACCAUGGAAAAAACAGAGGUCAUUCCCUUGGAGAUGGGAGGAAGUAUAAUAGCAGCUCCAAUAGCACAAAUGGCUGGUCUUCUGAGAGACUGACAAAUCCUCUGCCCAAUCACAUUAAGACAGAAGAUACAGGUUUACUACUGCACAAUGUAACAAGGGCAAGAGAGAAAAUGAGAGAGAAAGAGGUCAAAGAUAUGGAAACACAGAAAAACAGUACAAUAAAUGAUGAUAGGCUGAGUAAUCAGUCGUUAGUAAAUGGGGUCAAUCCCACUGAAAUAACCAAUCAGAUUCCACAGCACGAGUCAGAGCUAAUACAAUGUUCAGGUCACAGCAAGAGUGCUGAGAGCAGUCAAGUACACAGAAAUGAGACGACUUCCCAAAUAGAGACCAGCCAGAAUCAGAUGCACAGUGAAGCACAUGUUGGGCAGACCAAUCAGACUAUGGUUCCUAAACCUGCAGAGAAAACCAAUCAAAAGCAAGGCCAUGCCUUUAAUGCAGAAAACGAACCUAGUACAAGGAUAAAUGGAAAUGAGACCCCAGAGACAGAGAGCACUCAAGAAGAGACAGAGGAGACCAGAAGCAGGUCCACUUUGCUGAAGGAAAGGAAGGCUUUAGAGGAGGAGAAAGAGGAGCUUCUGUUACUUCACAAGCGCCUUGAUGAAGAAAAGCACAAACAUUUCCUCAAAGCACAACAACACAGUCAACAUGAGGACCAAAAACAGCACCAGCCACACCACAAACCUCAGCAAACCCACACGACUACACAACGGACAGAAAGCAAAACAACUACCCCUGUCCGAGUGGCCACUCCACACACACACACCCGACUGCCCCAUCGUCCACGAAAGAGACUGAGGAAACACCGCAACCGCAUAAGCAAGGCCGUCAUGAGGGCCAUGCUCAUGUAGCAUGAAUAGGUAAGACACAUGUAAGGUGGAGUACCUGUCCAGAUUGUUGCACUAUCCUGAAUGAUAUAAUUUAUUCAUGUCUUCCUGUCCAUGGAGAUCCACAGCCUCUAGUACUAAUCCUAAUGCAGUAACCCUGUUUCUGGGAGAGUCUGCGUUUGGCAGAGAUCUAGGGGCAGAGCUACAUUCCUACCAUAUUCCCCUGAUGUAAAUAACAGCGAUGUUAUUAAAAGGGGCAGAAGACAUGAAGACAAACAGAAGGGUUGCCCUGGAUUCAGACUGACUGUCAAGUAGUUGAUACAACUCGUCAAAAGUGCUCUGAUGUCCUUUUGGAAACCUGCCAUGACUCUGUGGAACAAUGGGACUGAGGGAGUGGGCUUGGGAAUGUGUUAUUGAAACUUAGGGUAGAAAAAGACUCGCCUGGAAGUCUAGAAUGACCCCCCCCCCCCCCCCCC